AUGCUUCAGCGAAUAUCAUCUAAACUUCACAGGCGGUUCUUAUCUGGCCUGCUGCGUGUCAAGCACUACCCAUUAAGGCGCAUUCUCCUUCCACUGAUUCUACUGCAGAUCAUCAUUAUAACGUUUAUCUGGUCAAAUUCACCGCAGCGUAACGGACUUGGGCGGGACGCUGAUUACCUUCUACCAAAUUACAACGAACUUGACAGUGAUGAUGAUUCCUGGUAUAGCAUCCUGACUUCGUCUUUCAAAAACGAUCGCAAGAUCCAGUUCGCUAAGACAUUAUACGAAAAUUUAAAAUUCGGCACCAACCCUAAAUGGGUCAAUGAAUAUACUCUGCAAAAUGACCUGCUCUCGGUCAAAAUGGGCCCUCGAAAGGGCAGUAAGCUCGAAUCCGUGGAUGAGUUGAAGUUUUACGACUUCGACCCUCGUCUCACGUGGUCCGUUGUGCUGAACCAUUUGCAAAAUAAUGACGCAGAUCAGCCAGAAAAGUUACCCUUUUCAUGGUACGACUGGACAACCUUCCACGAGCUGAAUAAGCUGAUUUCCAUAGAUAAAACUGUUCUGCCCUGCAAUUUUCUUUUCCAGUCCGCUUUCGACAAAGAGUCUUUAGAGGCCAUUGAGACAGAGCUCGGCGAACCUUUGUUCCUAUACGAAAGACCAAAGUACGCGCAGAAACUGUGGUACAAGGCCGCUAGAAACCAGGACAGAAUCAAAGACUCAAAGGAACUAAAAAAGCAUUGUUCCAAGCUAUUCACUCCAGACGGGCAUGGCUCUCCUAAGGGUUUAAGAUUUAAUACGCAAUUUCAAAUAAAGGAGCUGUAUGAUAAAGUUAGACCCGAAGUUUACCAAUUGCAGGCAAGAAACUACAUUUUGACUACACAGUCGCAUCCACUAUCCAUUUCCAUCAUCGAAUCAGAUAAUUCCACGUAUCAAGUCCCCUUGCAAACUGAAAAAUCAAAAAACUUGGUGCAAUCCGGCCUGUUGCAGGAAUAUAUUAAUGAUAACAUUAAUUCUACGAACAAGAGAAAGAAAAAUAAACAGGACGUAGAAUUCAACCAUAACAGGCUUUUCCAGGAAUUCGUCAAUAACGACCAAGUUAACUCCCUAUACAAACUGGAAAUUGAAGAAACUGAUAAAUUCACUUUUGAUAAAGAUUUGGUUUAUUUAUCCCCUUCGGAUUUCAAGUUCGAUGCCUCCAAAAAAAUUGAAGAGUUAGAGGAACAGAAGAAACUCUAUCCGGACAAAUUUUCCGCUCAUAAUGAGAAUUAUCUGAACAGUUUGAAGAAUUCCGUAAAGACAAGCCCUGCAUUGCAAAGAAAGUUCUUCUAUGAGGCUGGUGCCGUGAAGCAAUAUAAAGGUAUGGGGUUCCAUCGUGACAAGAGGUUCUUCAAUGUUGAUACAUUAAUCAAUGAUAAACAAGAAUACCAGGCUAGAUUGAACUCAAUGAUCAGAACAUUCCAAAAGUUUACUAAAGCCAACGGCAUCAUAUCUUGGUUGUCUCACGGAACGCUGUACGGCUAUCUUUACAAUGGAAUGGCUUUCCCUUGGGAUAACGAUUUCGACUUGCAAAUGCCCAUUAAGCAUUUACAAUUGCUCAGUCAAUACUUCAACCAAUCUCUUAUAUUGGAAGACCCAAGACAGGGUAAUGGACGUUAUUUCCUAGACGUCAGCGACUCCUUGACAGUAAGAAUUAACGGUAACGGUAAAAACAAUAUCGAUGCAAGAUUCAUUGACGUCGACACCGGCCUUUACAUUGAUAUUACCGGUCUAGCUAGCACUUCUGCCCCUAGUAGGGAUUACUUGAAUUCUUAUAUUGAAGAGCGGUUGCAAGAGGAACAUUUGGAUAUCAAUAAUAUCCCUGAAUCGAACGGUGAGACCGCUACUUUGCCCGACAAAGUAGAUGAUGGGUUAGUCAAUAUGGCUACACUAAACAUCACUGAGCUACGUGAUUACAUUACCAGCGACGAAAAUAAAAAUCAUAAAAGAGUCCCCACUGAUACUGAUUUGAAAGAUCUUUUGAAAAAGGAACUGGAAGAGUUACCAAAGUCUAAGACCAUUGAAAACAAGUUGAAUCCUAAACAAAGAUAUUUUCUCAACGAAAAACUUAAACUUUACAAUUGUAGAAACAACCAUUUUAACUCGUUCGAGGAACUAUCUCCCUUAAUCAAUACUGUUUUCCAUGGUGUGCCAGCGUUGAUUCCUCACAGACAUACCUACUGCUUGCACAAUGAAUAUCAUGUACCUGAUAGAUAUGCAUUUGAUGCUUACAAAAAUACUGCUUAUUUGCCCGAAUUUAGAUUUUGGUUCGACUAUGACGGGUUAAAGAAAUGCAGUAAUAUUAAUUCAUGGUAUCCAAACAUCCCCAGUAUUAAUUCAUGGAAUCCGAACCUCUUGAAAGAAAUAUCGUCUACGAAAUUUGAGUCGAAACUUUUUGAUUCCAACAAAGUCUCUGAAUACUCUUUCAAAAACCUAUCCAUGGAUGAUGUUCGCUUAAUUUAUAAAAAUAUUCCAAAAGCUGGCUUUAUCGAGGUAUUUACUAACUUGUACAAUUCCUUCAAUGUCACUGCAUAUAGGCAAAAGGAAUUGGAAAUUCAAUACUGCCAAAACCUGACAUUUAUUGAAAAAAAGAAAUUAUUACAUCAAUUGCGCAUUAAUGUUGCUCCUAAGUUAAGCUCCCCUGCAAAGGACCCAUUUCUUUUUGGUUAUGAAAAAGCUAUGUGGAAGGAUUUAUCAAAAUCUAUGAACCAGACUACAUUAGAUCAAGUUACCAAGAUUGUUCAUGAAGAAUAUGUCGGAAAAAUUAUUGAUCUGUCCGAAAGUUUGAAAUACAGGAAUUUUUCACUUUUCAACAUUACUUUUGAUGAAACUGGAACAACUCUAGAUGAUAACACAGAAGAUUAUACUCCUGCUAAUACUGUUGAAGUAAAUCCUGUGGAUUUUAAAUCAAAUUUAAACUUUAGUAGCAACUCCUUUUUGGAUUUAAAUUCAUAUGGUUUAGACCUUUUUGCGCCAACUUUAUCCGACGUUAACAGAAAGGGUAUUCAAAUGUUUGAUAAGGACCCUAUUAUUGUAUACGAGGACUAUGCUUAUGCCAAGUUACUUGAAGAAAGAAAGCGGAGGGAGAAGAAGAAGAAGGAGGAAGAGGAGAAGAAGAAGAAGGAAGAAGAGGAAAAGAAGAAGAAGGAAGAAGAAGAAAAGAAAAAGAAGGAAGAGGAAGAGAAGAAAAAGAAGGAAGAAGAAGAGAAGAAAAAGAAGGAAGAAGAAGAAAAGAAGAAGCAGGAGGAAGAGGAGAAAAAGAAGAAGGAAGAAGAAGAGAAGAAGAAGCAGGAAGAAGGAGAAAAGAUGAAGAAUGAAGAUGAAGAAAAUAAGAAGAAUGAAGAUGAAGAAAAGAAGAAGAACGAAGAAGAGGAAAAAAAGAAGCAGGAAGAGAAAAACAAGAAGAAUGAAGAUGAAGAAAAGAAGAAGCAGGAAGAGGAAGAAAAGAAGAAGAACGAAGAAGAGGAAAAAAAGAAGCAGGAGGAGGGGCACAGCAAUUAA